GAGAGUGUAGUGGGUGCUUUUUAAGUGUCACUCUGAUAAUAGUGACUCAACGGAACACAAACAUAUUCAUAUAAAUGAGAAAAACAUUAUCUUUGUGAUAUUAUGACAAAUUAUUCUCUCAUAAUGAAUAAUUUGACUAAACAAAAAAACCCUGAUACAAGAGAGAAAUCAUAUUCUUGUGAUGUCUGUGGUAAAUCAUUCUAUCAAAAUAGUCACAAACGUGUUCAUACAGGAGAGAAACCAUAUCGUUGUGACGUCUGUGAUAAAUCGUUCUUUGAAAACCGUCGCUUGACUAAACACAAACGCAUUCAUACAGGAGAGAAACCAUAUUGCUGUGAUAUCUGUAGUAAAUCUUUCUCUGGACACAGAGAGUUAACUACACAUAAGCGAGUUCAUACUAGAGAAAAGCCGUAUCAGUGUAACAUCUGUGGUGAGUGUUUCUCUGACAGAGCUAACGUAACUAUGCAUAAACGUAGUCAUACUGGAGAGAAACCGUAUACCUGUGAUAUCUGUGGUAAAUCAUUCUCUGGAAGUACGGGUUUACGUACACACAAACGUGUUCAUACAGGAGAGAAGCCAUAUCACUGCGAUACCUGUGGUAGAUCUUUCUCUCAGAGGAGUGUCUUAACUACUCACCAGCGAAUUCACACAGGAGAGAAGCCAUAUCAUUGCGAAAUCUGUGGUGAGAUGUUCUCUCGUAGAAUCAACUUAACUAUACACAUACGCGUUCACACAGGAGAGAAGCCAUAUCACUGUGAUAUUUGUGAUAAGUCAUUCUCUCAAAGUAGUGAAUUAUCUUUACACAAACUUGUUCAUACAGGAGAGAAGCCAUAUCGAUGUCUGUGAUAAAACGUUCUCUCAAAGGUGUGACUUAAUUAACCACCUGUGCAUUCAUACAGGGGAAAAAAAAAUUCUUGUGAUGUCUGUGGUAAAUCAUUCUCUCAAAAAGGCCUCUUAAGUACACAUGUGAAUAUUCAUACACAGGUGUAACAAUAUCAGUAUCAAAUAUUAUUACAUGACAACAAUUAUGAAUAUUUUGUCUGCUAAAAGACGGGAUUUUUUCUUCUUAAAAUUUGACAUUAUCAAAUUCAAUUUCAUCAAUGUCAACAUGAAAUUCAUGAAUCACAACUUCAAUAUCAUUUAUAUAUCUAAAUAUAUCAACACAGAGAUGACUUUGGUUUCUGAAGAUGAUGGUGCUGGAUUUUUGAGGAAUUUCUUACGAGAGAAUGCAGGAAAGGGAAAAAUGAAUACAAGCUUUAAGAGACAUUGAGUUUGUCUGUGUUUUCAUCAUCACCAUCCUCAUCCUAAUCCACUCUGAAAGUG